AUGGAUGUCUGUAAAUUGUCGAGCUACGAGCCACUGGAUGGCUUGAAAAAAGCGCCAUGUUCAGGUAAAUGGCAAAAAUCGUUAAGAGGGAUCGAACCUGGGACCUUUUGGAGCGAGAUUAGGGGCUUAGCCACUCGGCUAACAGCCUUCAGAAUAUUUUAAGGGGCCUUUUAAGCGUUUAAUAGAAGCUAUUAUGCCUAGAAAAGAACUGCUGGUUUAAAAAAUCGCUAUUAUUUUUCAAAAACGCCAUUUUUCACUUUGUUUUUGAUCUUCAUAAGGAUUAUUAAAGCACAAAAACCUAAAGUGAUCACUAAAAGUUUCCUCAAAAAAAUUUUUAGAACUCCAAAGAUAAAUUUUUUCCGUUUGUAACUGGUCCAGUUAAAGUUCAGAUGAUUAUAAGGACUUCUAAAAAUUUUUGACAAACUCUAGAGUGGCCCCUAUAGUGACACCAUUAAAAGUCUUUCGAGAGUCCUCUCAAGGGACCACUUUACCAACCCCUAUAGGGGUCACUCGAGCUCGCGAAAGGGGUCCCUAUAGGGAAAUGCUAGUCAACACUAAGCGAAGAAGCAUUUCUAUGGGAAAAAACUGAAUAAAUAAGCGUUUUUUGAAUGAAAUUGAAAGACCCCUCUAGGGACCACUUAAGCUUUAGGGGCUACGUGGUCGGACCCUAAACCCCUAUAGGGACCACCGUAAUUUUACCAAUAUAGGUACCGCUUUUUCGGCCCUUAUACGGACUGUUUUUCCCCCUGACCCCUAAAGGGUUCACUUGAGCUUUAGGGGUUAUGUGGUCGGACCCUAAACCCCUAUAGGGACCACCUUGAUUUUAUUCCUAUAGGGAUCGCUUUUUCGGCCCCUAUACGGACUGUUUUUCCCCCUGACCCCUAUAGGGUUCACUUGAGCUUUAGGGGCUAAGGGGUCAGACCCUAAACCCCUAUAGGGACCGCUUUUUCGGCCCCUAUACGGGCUGUUUUUCCUCUAACCCCUAUAGGGACCGCUCUAGAGUCCUCAAAUUCAAAUCAAAAAAAAAUUUGCGACGAUUUGCUCUUCAGGAUGUAAGCAAAAUCGCAUGUUUUAUUGCUACGAUUGUCGAGUACCCAUGCCCGGCGUCUUUACGCCGCAAGUUGAGGUAUAAACCCUGAAAAAAAAAACCAGGAAAAAUAAAAAAAUCAGCUCCCCUGCGCCGUCGACAUUAUCAAACACCCGAUGGAGAAAAACAGCAAGAGUAGUGCGCUCCAUUGCAAAAUCGUGGCGCCAAAUCAGACUCGAGUGAAUUUCCAAUCAAUAUUUUUGAAAAAAAUAGUUUUUGAGGUAUUCGAUCACCCAAAUGUUCAUGAUUAUCGGAAGGAUCCGCCAGAGGAACGGAAAGCCACGGUAGAUUUGAUAAUGGUCGCAUUUGGAAUGGUUGAAAGCUUCAUAGUUUUCUUCCAGAUGCUAUUUUGCGCAAGUCGUUUUGAGUCCGGGGCAUUUUGGAGACUUGCUUUCCAUUAUCAGGCAUUGCACGUCUAACGUUGCGGAUCAAGCUAUGAUUUAAAAAUUCUGAGAAGUUCAAUGGUAGCGCGCGGAAACCGUUUUGAGUCCGUUGCACUGUCAUAAGAAGUCCUUGGAAUCUGAGCCAGUCUAGCUGCGGUCAUAUAACCUGUAUCAAGUCCGGCGCCUUGAAAAAGUAACUCUGAGCCAUUCCAAGUGCGACCAAAAGCUUCUCAAUUCCAAUUUUAUCAAACUUCAAGUUUUAGGCUCUGAUAUUUCCUAGCAAAGACGCGAUUAGCAUUGAGGAGUUUGUAAAAUCUAUCGGCCUUAUAAAACGAAUUAUUGUUCUGGAUUGUACCUGGUUCCAAGUAGGAGUCAUGCAGAGGACGCCCGAAAUUCAAGGUUUGUUGCUGUGUGUUGCUCAUGCUAUAGGGUAAAGUCGUGUCAAUAUUAUGAGGAAAAAACUGUUCUUUUAUUGAAAUAUUGUAUCUGGUUUCAAGUAGAAGGCAUGCAGGGAACGCCAGAAAUUCAAGGUCUGCUGCGGAUUAUUGCAUUUUGUUGCUCAUCUUAUGGGGUAAAGGCGUGUCAAUAUUAUAAGGAAAAAAAAUCCUUCUUUUAUUGAAUUAUUGUACCCGGUUUCAAGUAGGAGUCAUGCAGAACACGCCUGAAUUUCAUGGUUUGUUGCUGUGUAUUGCAUUUUGUUGCUCAGGUUAUGGGGUAGAGACGUGGCAAUUUUAGAGGAAAAAACUUUUUUUUAUUGAAUUAUUGUACCUGCUUUCAAGUGGGAGUCAUGCAAAGGACGCCUGAAAUUCAAGGUUUGUUGCUGUGUGUUGCAUUUUGUUGCUCAUGUUAUGGGGUAGAGUCGUGGCAAUGAUAGAGGGAAGAGAAUUAAGAGAUUUUAUCGUCGUCUCAGCUAGAAAAUUCCCCUCAAAGUGGUCGUUUAAGGGCUUCAACACGUUAUGCUACGAGAAUAUCGGACGGCGUUCUGGAGACCUCAACAUAAUGUCCAGGAUACGCAUUUGGCCACGAUUGAAGCUAUUUAUUACGCUUUGAGGGAGUAUCAAGAACUUGGCCUUUUGAGGAAGUACGAAGGUUGGUUGAAGAGGAUUUUGAAUGAAGUCAGCCUUCAAGGCAUCGAGAUUCUUUUUUUCCUAGAAGGGUCAAGAAAAAGUUGAUUUUUGAUGCGCCCCGGAGGUGUUGAAGCAUUUAGUGACCACUUUAGUAGCGUCAGCACUCUUUAAGGGGCCCCUAGAGAUGCUCAGAUUCUCAAGGCCCGGGAAGAAAAAAACGGCAGGCCUGCGCGCAUACAUCAAUUUAGAGAGCACGGUAAGAUUGGAGAGCCCAGACUCGUACUCUCCUCGUUCAACACACUGUCUAAGGACCUGGGCGUUGGCAUUCCAGUUUAAGAAAAAAAUCUCGAACUGUAGGCGCUGCUCUGCCGUUGAUUUUUUGACUUAGGCGCUGCUAUACCGUUCAUUUUUUGACCUAGGCGCUAGCCAGCUGCUUUUCUUCUGACUAGGGUUUGAUCUUCCCUAAACAUCGAGACAAGAAUUGUGACUUUCGUCCAGGAACUGGCGGCGUGGUGUAGUGGUAAUGGGCUUGCGUACUUUCCACGUGGCCAUGGGUUCGGAUCCUUAGCGGAAAUCAUUUUGGUGGCUCCGGGAUCCAUCAUAAUUUUUCUCGAAAACACAUCGACAAAGUAAUCAAGACCACAACUACUACACCAGGCAGCCAGGCCUCGCAUAUGCGCUCUGAAAAAGCUUCAACGAGCUUCUCCUUGGUUGCCCGAAGGGAUGAGCGGAACUUUAUUUUUGAUUCCGAGUACUCUCACCGAGGCCUAACAACCCCAAGAAGACUCAAAUCUCAACUUUCAGGGGAGACCAAACCCUAGUCAGAAGGAAGACGGAAGGCCAGCGCCUAUGUCCAAAAAUGAACGGCAGCGCCCAAACUUGAGAUUUUUCUCUGAAAUGCGCAGGUCCUCAGACAGUGUGUAGAACGAGGAGAGUACGAGUCUGGUCUCUCCAAGUUUACCGUGCUCUCUGAACUGCGCGCUGGCCUGCCGAUUUUCUCUGCUUGGAACUCGGGAACCUGAACAACUCUAGGGAUCCCUUAAAGACUGAUGAUGCUACUAAAGUGGUCACUAGAAACGCUCCGAUACGUCUGAUUCGCGUCUCCAAUUCCUGAGCGAUUCUAGGGAUCCCUUAAAGACUGUUGAUGCUACUAAAGUGGUCACUAGAAAUGCUCCGAUACGUCUGAUUCGCGUCUCCAAUUCUUGAGCGAUUCUAGGGAUCCCUUAAAGAGUGCUGAUGCUACUAAAGUGGUCACUAGGGAUACUCCGACACGUCCGGGGCACACUACCAAGGUCCGAGUGAGUAGGGGGAAAUAUCGAAAAAAAAUUCAAAAUUUUCUUUCAAAAAAUCACUUUAAGGUUUUUCGCAUUUUUGAUAUAAAAACUUUUUUUCCAAUAAUCGCUUGGCAUCUAUCAAAAACUCUGAUCUCAUAUGAUGAAAAUAUUUUCAAACUCCUAAUUUCCAGGCGAUUUUGACGACCUUCUCUAUUGGUUUUUCCACACGAAACGUUGUGUCGACGAUAAACAGAAGGAGUAUCAAUCGAAACUUUCAGAAAAGGCCUAA